GUCCGGGCGGCCCAGCUGAAGACAGUGCGCGAAGGCCCGAAGCUGCAGCAGAGUUCCGGACCUGUCAGACUGAAGGGCGAGAGAAAGUCCGGAGGUGAACUGGAAGACGAGCCCCGGCGCCCCGAAGAAGAGAAACCCGGCUACCCUCGGGCGGGAAACACCUUUCGGUGAAGAUGGCGGGGCCAGAGCUACUGCUCGACUCUAACAUCCGCCUCUGGGUGGUCCUGCCCAUUGUUAUCAUCACCUUCUUCGUGGGCAUGAUCCGCCACUACGUGUCCAUCCUGCUGCAGAGCGACAAGAAACUCACCCAGGAACAAGUGUCUGACAGUCAGGUCCUAAUUCGAAGCAGAGUCCUCAGGGAAAAUGGAAAAUACAUUCCCAAACAGUCUUUCUUGACACGAAAAUAUUACUUCAACAACCCAGAGGAUGGAUUUUUCAAAAAAACUAAAAGGAAGGUAGUGCCCCCAUCUCCUAUGACUGAUCCCACUAUGCUCACAGACAUGAUGAAAGGGAAUGUAACAAAUGUCCUCCCUAUGAUUCUUAUUGGUGGAUGGAUCAACAUGACAUUUUCGGGCUUUGUCACAACCAAGGUCCCGUUUCCGCUGACCCUCCGUUUUAAGCCAAUGCUACAGCAAGGAAUUGAACUACUCACAUUAGAUGCAUCCUGGGUGAGUUCUGCAUCCUGGUACUUCCUCAAUGUUUUUGGGCUUCGGAGCAUUUAUUCUCUGAUUCUGGGCCAAGAUAAUGCCGCUGACCAAUCACGAAUGAUGCAGGAGCAGAUGACUGGAGCAGCCAUGGCCAUGCCUGCAGACACCAACAAAGCUUUUAAGACAGAGUGGGAAGCUUUGGAGCUGACAGAUCACCAGUGGGCACUAGAUGACGUCGAAGAAGAGCUCAUGGCCAAAGACCUCCACUUUGAAGGCAUGUUCAAAAAGGAAUUACAGACCUCUAUCUUUUGAAGACCAAGCAGGGAUUAGCUGUGCAGGAACUUAACCUUGUAACUUUUGUUGGAGCUGGCGCCUCUCAGAAUAAAAAGGAGGAUGCAGGGGCUGGCGGGCGUGCAGCAAGGCUCGUUCUUGUCUGAGAUGGGUUCCCCUUUAUGUUUGAAACUAGAGGAAAUAGGAGGAGUAUACUUGGUGGCUAUUUAAAAAAUAUUUUAAAUUUUACUUCUGGUGACUCUAGUAAUGACAGUCAGAGAAAGGGGGAAAACUCAAGCUACUGAUAAUAUAUAAAAAUUUAGCAAAAAUUCAGUCCUCAGAAGAAGCAUUAUCAAUUAUAGCUAAUUACUAUGUACAGUCAGUCUGACCUCUAACAACAGUAAAUUCCUGUUUUCUUGGGAUCCAAAAACCCUGCUUUUUACCUUUAAUUUUUUGUUAGUAUUUUUAACUUUCUUUACAAAAGUGACACAUUUUCACUACCAAAAACUUAGAAACUAUGGAUUAGCAAAAUGAAUCUCUCUGCAUUGUUCAUUUUGAGCCUGCAGAAUGACAUAGAGAGCAAAAGUGUCAAAACCUUACUCAAACUCUUUUCAGAGUGACUACCCCAGGCCGGGACAGACUUAGCAAACCUCUUAUAUCCGUUAAUACUGUCCAGUGAAAAUUGGUGACCCUCAGGCACUGCAGGAUUAUCAAAAGUGCCUUUGGGGUCAUCAAAGACAGGUUAAAUAAUACAAGGCUUUGAUCCAGACUUCAGAAUAUGUCAAAUCCAUUGACAAAUCAAUGGUGCUGUACUGUAAAUGGCUACUCAGUUGAACAAAAGACCUCAUUUCCCAGUUAUUCUGGACAAAAGAGUGUUCACAUAUCGCUGUAAGAAGGAAGAGAGGGCAGUUGCUGGCAAACACACAGGUGAGGGUUGCCCAGGAAUAAUUCUGUCUGGAUUAAUUGUCCCAGGGAAGUGGCAGGGUGCCAUUUCUGUACUGAGAGUUGGAUGUAACUUGCAUGUUGAGCUCUGUAAUCAAGAACAAAUGACUCUUGACUCUACAAAUUAAACCAUCCUGUUUUCUCUUC